AUGUCGCUUUUGUUGUUCGAUCCCUUCCGCUCGUCCACCGGCUACAGUGUGAACCCAUGGCGUGGACUCAACUCGGAGCUGCAGCGUCUGGAGCGUGAGAUGGGUCAGUUCGACUACACUGACGGCUUCUCCUACACCUGCAAUGUCCAAGGAUUCCGUCCCGAGGAGAUUGAGGUCCAACAUGAGGGUGAUGCCGUCACCAUCUCCGCGCAUCACAAGCAAUCCGGAAGACACGAGCACUACGAGAAGACGCUGAAGAGGACCGUUCGAAUCCCCGAGGGCUUCAGCAAGGACCAUGUGCAAUGCGAUCUCAACGAGAAGGGUGAGCUGAUCGUCAAGGCGCCCAAGAAGACGGCACUCAACGAGCCCGAGAAGAGGUCCAUCCCCAUCAACUUCAAGCAAAGCAAGCCCAUUGAGAACAAGUAA